CCCAGCAAGCAGUGGCAGCAUUCCGCAGUGGCACGCCCCCCGUGCUUCUCAACACAUGCUCCCAGAGUUCACGUCGCCUAUCAGAGGCCCAACUGCCCGGCCAGGCUCUUACUCCCGACCCUGCUUCACCCCGCCUGCCCCGCGUUUCCUCUCCAUGCCGAUGGGUGUGAGUGAGGGCAAGUCGUGGGACGAUAGCUGCAGCGACGGCGGCAGGGAUUCAGGCGCUGGGGUGCUGGGAGGGAAUGGAUUGAUGGCUGGUUGGAGCAUGGGAGGGGCGAGCAUGGGAGGGGCGAGCAUGGGAGGGGCGAGCAUGAACAGCUGGAGCAGUGCUUGUGGCGGGGUGGACUCCUGUGUUGAAAGGGCAGCAGCACGGGUGGCAGAGACGAGUGCAAACGGCGGCGGUGGCAGUGGCGGUGGCAGUGGCGGUGGCAGUGGCGGUGGCAGUGGCAGCUGCGGCAUGUCAUGGUGUGGAAGUGGUGGCGCCUUUCCUCAUGGGAGAUGCGAAGGGCAGCACAUGAGGUGUGAGGGGCAGCAUGUGCGCUGUCAAGGCCUGCACGCUCGCUGCCAAGGGCUCUUCCCGCACAACAUGAGGCCUCGCCUCCUCACCAUCCCCUCCUUCGCGCUGCGAGCCUUCAGACCGUCUCCUCUCUCCUCCCACUUCCCUCGCGCGUUUCGCUCGCCAUCCCCCUUCUCGUCCGCUUCUGUAGUUGACUCUGCCCGCCGCCUUGGCAGCGGCUCUGGUGGAAAUUCUGCUGAUUCUGCUGGUCCCCGCCUGCUCUCUCUCCCUCGGGACCUGUGGAUUCCUGCACCGAAGCAGCACGAGAAGCGAAGACACUUGCAGCAUCACCAGGAGCAGCAGGAGAAGGAGCAGGAGCAGGAGCAGGAGCAGACAAAACAGCAAGAAGAGGAGCCGCAGGAGGAAAAUCAGCAACGAGAAGAGCAACGACAGGCGCAGCUGCAGGGAGUAGUAGGGGAAGAAAUGGAGCGGGCGAUGUCGUCCUCUCCUGGCAUGCCACCUGUCGACGGCCCAUUCGACGUUUCAUCGGAGUGGUAUUAA